CUCCCCACCCGGAGCCCCAGGCCAAGGAGAUGGAAGAACAGGUGUUCAAGGGGGACCCUGACACCCCUCACUCCAUCUCCUUCUCGGGCAGCGGCUUCCUCUCCUUCUACCAGGCUGGGGCGGUGGACGCCCUGCGGGACCUGGCCCCCCGGAUGCUGGAGACCGCCCAUCGCUUCGCCGGGACGUCGGCAGGAGCCGUGAUCGCCGCCCUGGUCAUCUGCGGCAUUGAGAUGGAUGAGUACCUCCGAGUCCUCAACGUGGGCGUGGCCGAGGUGAAGAAGUCCUUCCUGGGGCCCCUGGCGCCCUCCUGCAGGAUGGUGCAGAUGAUGCGGCAGUUCCUGUACCAGGCCCUGCCUGAGGACUCCUACAAGGCCGCCACCGGGAGGCUGCACGUGAGCCUCACCCGCUUCACCGAUGGAGAGAGUGUAGUGGUUUCCGAAUACACGUCCAAAGAGGAGCUCAUCGAGGCCCUGUACUGCAGCUGCUUUGUCCCCGUGUACUGCGGCCUCAUCCCCCCGACCUACCGCGGUGUGCGGUACAUCGACGGCGGCUUCACGGGCAUGCAGCCCUGCGCCUUCUGGACCGACGCCAUCACCAUUUCCACCUUCAGCGGCCAGCAGGACAUCUGCCCCCGGGACUGCCCCGCCAUCUUCCACGACUUCCGCAUGUUCAACUGCUCCUUCCAGUUCUCCCUGGAGAACAUCGCCAGGAUGACCCACGCCCUGUUCCCCCCAGACCUGAUGGUCCUGCACAAUUACUACUACCGAGGCUACGAAGACGCCGUUCUGUACUUGAGGCGGCUGAACGCUGCUUACCUGAAUUCUCCCUCCAAGAGGGUGAUUUUCCCCCGGGUGGAAGUGUACUGCCAGAUAGAACUCGCCCUUGGCAACGCGUGCCCGGCACACAGUGAGCCAAGCCUCCAAUCGGAGCAGGCCAGUCUGGAAGAAUCCACGCAACUGCCCACACAAUGCGAUCGCAAAGAGCAAGAAAGCGGUGGCCAGGGCCUACCUGUGUCCCCACCUGCACAGACGCCUGCAUCCACGCACGAGUGGCCUGUGGAGUCACCCGCUUCACCACCUGCCUCUUCAUCUGAGCAGUCACCUGCAUCGACCCUGGGCUCGUCAUCGUCGCGUUCUCCAGCUGACUUGCCACCUGUAUCACUCCCAGCUGUGCCCUCGCCGCCCAGCUCCUCACCUGGCCUGUCACCUGGGUCCCCACAGCAGCAAGUACAGCUGACUGGAUCACCACCCGAGUCCCCACCCUCCCAGACGCCUCCGGGGCCUUCAGCUGCGGGGGCACCGCACACGUUGCCUCGAUGUUCUUCGACGUCGCCUGCUCAGCCAGCUGCGGAGGAGCCGGGCUCGGCACAGCCCCAAGUUCCUCCGGCCUCUUUGAAUCCCCAGAGCACCGCGCCCCUGGCGACCGAGAAGACCAGCACCAAGCCGGAGGCCGCGGUGAGCCCUCCCGGAGACUCCAACUGGGUGAACAAGGCGUUCAAGAAGAACAAACCAAAGACAAGCAGCACCAGAAAAGGCUUCCCGAGACACCCGCGACCCAAAAAGCCAGGCAGCAAAGUGCAGUCUGCUCCCUGCCCACUCGGCUUCUCUGCGCUCUCCGCAUCCAAGGCUGUGUGGGUCACCUACAGGCCUCACCCCAGCGGGACCCGGGAAUGCAGCAGCCCCGAGGAAGCUGUGAGCCGAGAGCGAGACCUCGAGCUGGAACGGGAGAGAACCUGACGAGCCCAGCCGAGCCUUCUCCCCACUGUCCUCAGACGCUGUCCCCUCGCCUUGGCCUUCGGGGGACCAGGGUGACACCCACGAUCAAGCCUGUUGGUGUAGAGGGUCCUGCUUCCCCGGGCGAGCACCUUCCUGUCUUCACAUCCUCUCAGCUUCCACUCCCCUGCUCUGGACAGACGGGCGGACAAGACGGGAACUGGGGAGCACGCAGCACAGGCCUCCUGCUGGCGGGCCCGGGGCCUUGCUCCCCCCCAGCCCCAGCCCCAGCCCCAGCGUGGGCCAGAUGGGUCCCAGCCGCGGGAUCUAGUCCACGGGGCAAAACUCUGGAGGGUCCGGCAAGGCUGAGCCAUGGACAUGCUCCCGUUUCCUGUGGGGUCAAGAGACCAAGUUCUUGAGUUUUGUUUUCCGUUCACUAAAGGCUCCACGUGGACUGGCCGCCGCUCGGCCGCCUCUGGAGCCCCUGAUGGAGCUGAGGCGGCAGCAGCCUCCCCGGCUCUGGCUCCGGGAACUGGGGGGCAGCGAGCGGGGCUGGUGGCUCUGGCCUCCCUGAGUCCGUGUGGCUGUAGAGGAAAUGGGGCCAGACGUCCCUCCCCUCCCCCAGCCCGAGUGAGGGCAGACUCCGCUGUUCACCCCGAAGUGAAAUGUUCCACAAGAAAGACACCCCCAGCCUCAGUUUCCCCAGCUUGUCCUGGAAAAGGCGCCCCUCCAGGCCCGGAUGGUCGUGACCUCCAGCCCGACCGGCCAGUGAGGGAGCCCAGGCUGUCCAAGGCCUCAGAUGCAUUUGCCUAACAAGCCCUUGAACCCCAAACCCAGGGGCGGGGUGGGAGGCGGCCCUGAAUGGGGCUGGGCCCCAGGAGGACGAAGCAGAUUUAGCCGCGGAGGGAGGGGGCCAUAUGGAAAGGGGGCCCUGGUGGAGCCUGCGCUUAACGGACACGAGUCCUCGCAAGCCCCUCAGAAGGCUGUGCCCGGAGGCUGAGCCACGGGGACGGGGAAGGAGGGUCAGUUUGCACAGCUCAGGAGUGCGUGUCCCUGGUGUGCAGGGGAGAACUGCACAGCGUAGUACCUGCUGUCUAGCUCAGAGUCCGGAUUCAGAGCCCAGCUGCUCUCCUGCUGUAGUUAUAAGUAUCAGUAAGUCCCCUUAUGUAUUUUCCUUCAUUUCCUUUUCCCCCAUUUGAGGUAAUCAAGAGAAUUGUUCCUGCAUUAGUUUCAGGGCUGCCAGAUAAGAUACUGGAAGCUUUGUUAAAUUUGUGUUUCAGGUGAA